ACUCAACUAAUCAAUAUUCUAAUCAAGAUGGGUAAUUAGUCAAAUCUUUCUUAUAUGACACUUUAAUAUGGUUACAUCUACUUAAAUAACUUUAGCUUUAGCCUAAAGAAAUGAAAAUCUUGAAUAAUAAGAUGAGAGGGAGGACACACUCAGAUUAGGAUGCUUAAGUUAUAGUUCAUCUUACUCAUCUUCUUCAUCCUACCAAUUAUUAAAUAUGGCCCUUCAAAAGCCAACCUCCAACAGGAUUCUACCAAAACCAGACAUGAAUAAUAAUAAUAAUAAUAACCAUACCCUACAUUUUGCAGACACAAGAGUAGUAGAGUUUCCAUGGUGCCCUAAGAAAAGCAUGUCUUCUUUCACCUCAACCAUAAAAGGUGCCUUCCGGCGAACCCUUUCUAGUUAUGCCAAGCCUAAGAAGGCAGAGGCAGAGGAGGAGGAGGAGGGGGAGGGUUCAUCCCUCCACGGGGAUGACAGCAACAAGGAGGAAGAGAUUGUUGUUUCUGAGAUACGAGCCAGAGCAAUGGAAGCCAGAUCCAAGCGUAAGACAAGUUUUAUAUUAAUGUUAGGAGAUAGCUUCAGACGUGUAAUACUGUCUUCUACUGUACCUGCACAACAAGGCGAUCUGUGUUUGACGGCGGCACUUAAAGAAGAAGAAGAAGAAGAGAUUGAAGAAGAAGUUGAUGAUCAUGAUGAUGAUGAUUUCUUCUCUGUCCGUAGUUACCUGUCACGUGCUUCGACUGGUGCAAGAAGCGUGGAGGAAUUCGUAUCGGUGAGGACGAAUUUGAGUCGAUCCAUGAGCUUGAGCGGGAUCGAUGAUCGGCAAUUGAUUGUGUUGCAGGAGAUGUGGCGGGAAGAAGAUUUGAGGCGACGAAUGAUAAUCAAAGAGAUAAUACAAUGCGAGGGAUGGCCUUUUGGUCUUUGCCGGAAGGCUCUGUUGCUGCCUCCUCUCCCAAAAUCACCAGCUGAGUCAUGGAAAUGGCGAAACCCUAGCAAGUUCAUCAGAGCUCCAUUAAAGUAAGGAUUCAAAAUGUUUAAGUAAAAUUAUGAUUGUAUUUCAAAUAAACAAUUUUAACUCAAUUGUUUACGCUUAAAUACGAUCUACUACAUGUGCUUAAAAAUAAUUAAUAUAAUUUGAAUGCAGU